AUGGCUUUCGUCCUCGUCACUCUCUACUGUGCAUUCGCCGCUCUGGGUUCGUUCUUGUUCGGCUAUGAUUCUGGCGUGAUCUCCUCCAGUAUCGAGCAGGAUGCAUUCUUGGAUCGAUUCGGGUCCCCGUACCUAUCGGAUGCCACCAGUGGUGGUAUCAUCUCUUCAUACACCGGAGGUGCAAUUCUGGGGUCGGUACUCGCCCCCUACAUCUCCGACUCCUGGGGCCGCAGAAUGGUCAUCUUCACCGGUGGACUCCUAGCUACCCUCGGUGCAGCUCUCCAGGGAGGCGCUGUCACCAUCGCGAUGCUAAUCGCUGGCCGAUUCAUCUCCGGUUUCGCCAUCGGUCUCAUGUCAGCCACCGUCCCCGUCUACUGCAGUGAGAUAGCUCCGCCACAGAUUCGGGGCUUGCUCGCGAGUAUGCAGCAGUGGAUGAUCGGACUAGGAAUCAUGGUGGCCCAGUGGGUCGGAUACGGGUGCUCAUUGCACACGGGCGACUUUUCCUGGCGACUCCCGCUAUCUUUGCAAACGGCGCCGGCCCUGAUUCUCACAUGCGGCGUGUGGUUUCUACCCGAAUCGCCUCGCUGGCUCAUCGAGGUCGGUAAGGAGGGUGCCGGCCGCUCGGUAUUGGCUCGUUUACAUCUCAACCGCGAUGCAACCAACAGCCAGCUUGUCGAGCACGAGCUCACUCAGAUCUACGAGAGCGUGGCGCAGGAAAAACAGUCCGUUAUUCGGUCUUGGCGCCAGCUUCUCCUAUCCAAGCAAUGGCGCUGUCGGAUUCUGCUCGCGUGCGGUCUGCAGGCCUUCACCCAGCUCUCGGGAACCAAUGUCAUCCAGAACUAUGGACCUCGUCUCUACAAGUCGCUUGAGCUUUCGACAUCGACGGCGCUUAUGAUAAUUGGUGUCUGGGGUGCGCUGGCGCAGUUGUGGAACACAGUUUUCAUGGGCUUUAUUGACAAAGUCGGCAGACGAAAACUCCUGAUCCCAUCGUUAUUUGGCAUGGGUGCAGCGAUGUGCGUGGAAGCGACACUCGCUCGAAAGUUGGACUUUAGCGAUCCCUACGCCAACCAGGACGCCCUUCGAGCGGCCAUCGCCAUGUUCUUUGUCUUCUCAUUCUGCUUCACAUCCCUCGGCCUCAUUUCUUGGAUCUAUCAAUCUGAGAUCUUCCCAACCGCCAUCCGAGCCCGCGGAUCAUCAGUAGCGACUGCAACAAAUUGGAGCUUGAAUUUGAUCUUUGCGCAGUGCUCACCGAUCGCGCUCACUGAUUUGGGCUCCAAGUACUUCUAUGUAUUUGUGGUCUUCAACUGGGCUGCUAUGUUCAUUGUCUUCUUCUGUUACCCCGAGACGAAGGGAUAUUCUCUUGAAGAGGUGGAUGAAGCAUUCGCGCGCCAGCACCACAAUGAGCAGCCGGAGGUCACACCGGCUGCCUCAUCGACUAGUCACGAGACCGUGAGAUCGGACUCUCGGGUGAAGCACAAGGGAAUGCACCCUUUGUCCCUGCAUCCAACUCACAGUGGAAGCUGGAGUAGCAAUAGUGGCUCGUCGCCUAAGCUCUGGAGCAAAAAGAUGGCCGAAGUAUAG